GCUCUUUCCGACGAGCACCGUUGGUGUGUUUGGAUGAUCCAGUGUUCUGUAUGAGCGUGAGGAGUGGACUUUUCUCGUCCUUCUUCGACUCUUGGAUGUUUGUCAAAUGUCCGGCUUUCAGGCUCUUUCAGUUUUUCCUGAUGAGGUCCAUCAGCUGUCAGUGAACAAAGAAGUGGCAUACCCUGAGCAGCAGGAGAAGCAUGCGCAUCUGAAAAUUAAAGAUGAACCUGAGGAACUGUGGAGCAAUCCAGAGAACGUGCAAAUUCACAGGCCUGAAGAUGACAUCAUCAAGUUCACUUUUGUUCCUGUCCCUGUGAAGAAAGAGGAUGAUGAAGAGGAACCUCAGUCUUCACAGCAUUCUCAAAAACAAAUCAAAGAGUCAGCCAGGUGCUUUGAUCCAGAGAGAGAUUUACAACAACAUUCUGAGGUCAAGACUGAAGACUCUUCUGAUCCAGAGACUGAUGACAGCGCUGAUUGGAGGGAGAUGACAGAACACCAGUCAGGUUUAAAGUCAGUCAUUGAAAGCACAACAGGAGCAAAGAUUAAAAAGAGAUUGUACAUCUACUCAGAGUGUGGAAAAAGAUGUAAGGGUGAAAUGGGUGUGAUUAGACGCACGGUUGUUCAUACCAAAGAAAAACCCUUCAGCUGUUCAAAAUGUGGGAAGAGAUUUCCCCGGCGAGGCAAUAUGAUAAGACACAUGAAAUCUCACGAAGGAGUGAAACCUUUUGUCUGCUCUUUGUGUGGUCAGAGAUUUACCGAAAAAGAAUAUUUAACUGAUCACAUGAGAAUUCACACAGGAGAGAAACCAUUUGCAUGCUCAGUGUGUGGCAAAAGAUUUACCCGUAAAAGAGUUUUGACCAGACAUAUGGUAGUUCACACUAAAGAAAAACCCUUCCCCUGCACAGAGUGUGGGAAGAGAUUUACCAAAAAAGAAUAUUUAACUGUUCACAUGAGAAUUCACACAGGAGAGAAACCCUUUCCCUGCUCUGUGUGUGGUCAGAGAUUUAGUCGAAAUGUAAGUUUAACAGAUCACAUGAGAUCUCACACAGGUGAAAAACCUUUUGUCUGCUCUGAAUGUGGUCAAAGAUUUACCCACAAAACAAAUUUAGCUGUUCACAUGAGGGUUCACACAGGAGAGAAACCUUUUGCUUGUUCUGUGUGCGGCAAAAGAUAUACCCGUACAGUAGGUUUGACCACACACAUGGUUGUUCAUACGAAACAAAAACCCUUCCCCUGCACUGAAUGUGGUAAGAGAUUUCCCCAUAGAAGCAGUAUGAUGAAACACAGGAAAUCUCACAAAGGAGUAAAACCUUUUGUCUGCUCUAUGUGUGGUCAGAAAUUUACCGAAAAAGGAGGUUUCACUGAUCACAUGAGAGUUCACACAGGAGAGAAACCCUUUGUCUGCUCUGAGUGUGGUCAGAGAUUUACCAAAAAUGGAAAUUUAAAGAGUCACAUGAGGGUUCACACAGGUGAGAAACCAUUUGUCUGCUUUGUAUGUGGCAAAAGAUUCACCCGUAAACUAGGUUUAACCAGACACAUGGUAGUUCAUACUAAACAAAAACCCUUCCCCUGCACUGAGUGUGGGAAGAGAUUUCCCCAUAGAGGCAGUAUGAUGAAACACAUGAAAUCUCACAAAUGAGUAAAACCUUUCGUCUGCUCUGAGUGUGGUCAGAGAUUUACACUAAAAGGAGGUUUAACUGUUCACAUGAGAAUUCACACAGGAGAGAAACCCUUUGUCUGCUCUGAGUGUGGCAAAAGUUAUACCCAUCAGUUAGCUUUGACCUGACAUAUGCUAAUUCAUAGCAGAGAAAAACCCUUUAGCCCCUCUCAGUGCGGUGAGAGAUUUACCCAAAAAGGAAAUGUGACUUAACACGUAAAAAGCCAUGCAUCAGCAGGAUUGUCAUAAUGACGAACCAGGUUUCAGUUCCUGUUGACUCCCUAUGGUUUCUAUGAAUGGGGAAAAACUUUUCCUCCAUUGAAGGUCAGCUCAAGUAUCAGGGAUGCCUCUAUGCAACAGCAAUUCCAGACAAAGCAUUUCCCUAAAGACGAAUCUUCCCUAGACUGGUGACAUCUGGUUGGUUGUCAGUUAUCAACCCCUUACACCAUGCCUUCCCCUCACAUAGUUUGUCCAUGUCUAUGUGUUCUUGUAAAGUGUCCUUGGGUUUCUUGAAAGGCGCUAUAUAAAUUCAAGAUAUUAUUAUUAUUAUUAUUAUCAAGGAUUACAACUGUGCCCAUGAGUUGUUUGUCAAAAGUGCUAAAACCAUCACUGCAACUCACCUCUGACCCCUGGAUUGUAACUUUCAAGGUUUUCCUUUGAACUGUUAAUGCCUUCUCUCUCUGGACACACACAGCAAGAACCAGAUGUUUCUCAUUAAUACCUGAGUACAUGUCCUGCUUGACUGGAAGAGUUUGGACCAAAGAUCCCAUAACUGCUGUAAUCAUUAUUGUUUCAACUUUAAAUCAAAAUCUUCCAUGGACCAACAGUGCCAUCUACUGUCUGAUUUUGAUCAUCACACAUUUUCACAUGGGAAACUUCUUAGUGCCAUAAUGUUACAGUCCAAAAUACUUUCUAUGUUUUUAUCACGUUGUUAUCCCUGUUUAAUUAUGUACAUGCAAUUUGAUGCUUUAGUAUUCCAGUAUUGUACAACCACUUCUGCUAUUCCUUUUAUCCUUAA